AUGGAAACGAUUUAUUUUCAUCGUUAUUUACAAUGGAAAUGGCUAGAGAGGAGACCUGUAGACAAACACACUUUUAGGCUUUACCGAAUACUUGGAAAGGGGGGAUUUGGUGAAGUUUGUGCUUGUCAGGUCAGAGCCUCAGGCAAGAUGUACGCCUUGAAAAAAUUGGAAAAGAAGCGGGUAAAAAAGAGACAUGCAGAAUCUUUAACUUUAAACGAAAAACAAAUACUUCAACGAAUAAAUUCACCUUUUGUCGUUAGUUUAGCUUAUGCUUAUGAAACAAAGGAGGCUUUGUGUUUGGUGUUGACUUUAAUGAAUGGAGGAGAUCUCAAAUUCCACCUCUACACACUCUCCCCCGGUGGAUUCGAUGAAAAACGUGCUCAAUUUUACGCAGCAGAAAUUACUUUAGGUCAUGUCCGAAUCUCUGAUUUGGGACUUGCUGUAGAGCUUAAAGACAAUGAACCGAUUAAAGGCCGUGUUGGAACUGUUGGAUAUAUGGCACCAGAAAUAGUCAAAAACGAGAGAUACAGUUAUGGAGUAGAUUGGUGGGGAUUAGGCUGUCUAAUCUACGAAAUGAUUGAAGGAAAAGCUCCAUUUCGACAACGCAAGGAAAAAGUUAAACGUGAAGAGGUUGAAAGAAGAGUUCGGGAAGAUACAGAAAAAUAUGGAGAAAAAUUUACUGACGCGGCUAGAACUUUGUGUAGAGGAUUGCUACAUAAAGAGCCAACACUUAGAUUGGGAUGUAGACGUGUUGGAAGGCCUGAGGAUGGAGCUGAGGAAUUAAAAGCCCAUCCUUUCUUUACCCAAGCAGAUGCAAGGACCGGGAGGGAACCUGUGCCUUGGAAAAAAAUGGAGGCUGGAAAGCUUGCCCCUCCAUUUUGUCCUGACCCUCAUUCUGUUUAUGCCAAAGAUGUAUUGGAUAUUGAACAGUUCAGCACAGUAAAAGGAGUCAGGCUGGACGACGGUGACAAAGAUUUCUACAAAAAAUUCAAUACUGGUUCUGUCUCAAUUCCUUGGCAGAAUGAAAUGAUUGAAACAGAAUGUUUUAGAGAGCUUAAUCAUUUUUAUAUUAAUGGAGUUAUUGUUUCUGACUUGAGAAAAGAUGCAGGAACGGCUAAUAAUGCUCAUUUAAAUUCUCAACAUCAUUCAAAGAUGGGGGAAUUUUUCUCAAGACUUUUUAGGAGAAAGGUGUGGAAUUUUUAUUUUAAAAUUAAAAAAAGGAUUCUUUCAAUUUGGAAUAUUCUCCUUUACUUAAUUAGCUCAUUUCAGAGAUAGAUAUCUCGGGAAAUGAUCAUAUCCUCCUAAUUUAUAAGACAACAUACAUUCAAACUUCUAUGUGAUAGGGAUGGGUCGGUUUGAGAAAAAAUCAGGUCGGAUCUUGAAAUUUUCUCAGUUGAGUUUCGUGCCGAAAAAGGACCGCCUUUUGGGUAAUCCGACCCAUCCUUUAUAUAUAACGAUAACAAAACACACCUAUAAAUUUCUAAAAUCCUUGUGGCCACUGGAUACCCUCUAUGUAAGAUACACAUCUUUAUAAGGUAGGUUUAGUUCGACCCCAAGAGUUGUAAUUACAAUGAGGGCUAAAGUUUGACUGGAAUGAGGGGUAAAGCUUGACCUGUGCUUUACUGAAAUUGGCUGAAAUUUAGAUGGCCUUUCCUCACCUAGGGACCAACCAAAUAUGAAUUU